AUGAAAGGCAAGAUUUUCGCCAGAAAAGAAGAUGAUCCGACUACCAAUGCAACUUUCCUUCUUAGAGUGGACGUUCCCUUGCGAGUUGAUAAAUUGACCGGAGCUCCAAGGCAAGAAGGUGAAAGUGCGUGGAGAUACCGUUUACGAAGAUUAUUUACAGUGAAAUCAAUUAAAAGUCUGGAUGAGGAUUAUCAAGCAUCUAAGCUCAAAAAGUCUUUAAAUGUCUUUGACUUAAUUAUGAUUGGCAUCGGCGGUAUAAUUGGAAAUGGCAUAUUUGUUUUAGCAGGCCAAGCUGCCGCGACUAGGGCGGGUCCGGGUGUCGUUAUCUCUAUUUUAUUGGCUGGACUGACUGCUAGUUUUGCUGCGUUGUCUUACUCUGAAUUAGCCUCGAUGAUCCCAAUUUCAGGUUCAUCAUAUACUUAUACGUACGCAACAUUAGGUGAAUUAAUAGCCUGGAUUAUUGGUUGGGAUUUAACCUUGGAAUAUUUAGUGGGUGCUUCCGCAGUAGCUGUUGGGUGGUCCGGCUACUUUAGGUUUUUCUUUAUUGAUGCUUUUGGUGUCGAACUUUCAUCAGCAUGGACCGAAUCACCGUUUAUAUUCAACAGUACAACCAGUUCUUUUCAAACGGUUCCUGGAAUCAAAGAAUCUGCUAGAUUUGCCACAUUUGUUGUCUCUGUGAAACUUAUAGUUAUCUUUUUGUUUAUUAUUGCCGCUGGAACUCGUGUCCACAAUGAAAACUUUCAUCCAUUUAUUCCACAAAAUCAAGGAUCAUUUUCGAGUUUUGGUGUUACUGGUGUAUUGUCAGGGGCUACUGUUGUGUUCUUUGCGUAUAUUGGAUUUGAUGCGAUUUCAACUAUUGCACAAGAAUCCGAAAAUCCGCAAAAGGAUUUACCAGUCGCAAUUCUGGGUAGCUUCAGUAUUGUCACAUUUAUUUACGUCGCUGUAUGUGUCGUGUUGACAGGUGUAGUCUCAUACACGCAACUUGAUAGUCCUGCGCCACUAUCUGUAGCUGUUAAUGCAAUAGGGAUGAGAUGGUUAGGAAUCAUUGUAGAUAUUGGUGCGGUAAUUGGUUUAACAUCAGUUAUUCUCAUAACAUUGAUGGGGCAGCCUCGCAUUUUUAUGGCAAUGGCAAAUGAUGGAUUGAUUCCCAAAUUUGCUUCAAAUAUUCAUCCUAAAUUUGGUACUCCAUACGUAAUAACUAUAAUUACUGGCACAAUUGCUUCUAUAGCAGCAGCAUUUCUCCCAAUUGAUGUACUUGCCGAAUUAAUGUCUGUUGGCACACUAUUGGCUUUCUUCCUAGUAAACGUAGGUGUUACAAUAUUAAGAUUUACAGCCCCAGAUGCCCCUAGAAAAUUCAGAGUACCAGGUGGCCCAUUUUUGAUUCCGUUUAUAGGUGCCGCAUUAAGUAUAUUAUUAAUAGCAACAGCAACAGUUCCAACUAUUGCUAGAUUAUUUAUUUGGAUGGCAAUCGGAUUAGUAGUGUACGCCCUUUAUGGAUCAAGGCGUUCUGAAGUUAAUAAUCAGGAGAUGUGUAUUGAAAAAGCUACUGAUAGAAUUGAGACUUAA